GUCAGACGCAACAGCAGCGAGAGAGACAGAGACAGAGAGAGAAAGAGAGGGGGCAUCAGGAUGGCGAUGAAGCGGACCAUACAGGCUGCCGCGGUGCUCUGCUACCACACGGGUGCCACGGCUUUCCUCGUCUCUACCUCCUCGUCGUUGUUGAGCCGACCGUUGUCCGCGGCAACAACGGCGGCGCAUGUUUCCGCUGUGCGACACCGGCGGUGGCAACAGCAGCAGCAGCGGACUGCCAGAGGACCGACCGGGCUUAGCGCGGUAGAGGGGGAGGAAGAAGAGCUGACCGAUGAGGAGAAGCUCAGGAGAUCGCGCCUGGCCGAGGACUUCGGAGCCAACGUCGAGGUCGACCCGAAGCGCGUGGCCGUGCUCUUCGACUUCGACGGCACCAUCGGGGAUACGGAGACGCCAGCGAUGGAGGUGGCCUACUGGGAGCUCGCCCCUUACUUCCCGGAAGCCGCCAAGGGCGGCGAGCUGACGGACCUUACGGAGUACGUGCGCAACAACGCGGGGAAGGCCUUCGAGUUCAUGCUGGAGGUGGUGGAGGAAGACCGAAAGGCGCAGGGGUUGCCGGACAUCGCCACGGCCCGGGCAGAGGGAGCGGAGGACCCCAAGAUCAUGAAGGUGGUCGACGAGGCGCGGGCGAAGUACGGCCUCAAGCCCCUGGGCGAGCUCCGAGCUGCCGGUACCCUGAAGGACAUCCUUACCCAGCAGAAGGAGGAGACCGUGGACGCCUUGAGCGUGGUGGCCCGCCCCGUCGAGGGAAUGGUGGACACGCUGGAUGAGCUCAAGGCCAGGAAGGUCCCGUUCGCGAUCGCCACCACCAGCCCGAAGCCGCGAGUCCCCGCCUCCGUGCACGCCUGCGGUCUGGACGACUACUUUCCGGCGGACAAGAUCCACUCGGGGGAGAGCGACUUCGACCCACCCCGCUUCAAGCCCGACCCGUCGGUGUACUUGAGGGCUGCCCAGUACGAGGGAGUUAUCCCCCCGAUCUGCGUCGCGGUCGAAGACAGUGCGUCCGGCGUCGGUUCGGCAUUUGCGGCGGAGAUGGGCCUGAUCGUCGGCUACGUGGGUGCCAGCCACAUCAGCGAAGAGAGGAAGACCGAGCACGCCAAGAUGCUCCGCGUGAGGGGCGCGCGGGUGGUGGUGGACAACAUGAGGGACCUCAUCCCCCUUGUGGACUGCUUCACGGAGUGCAUGGCCAAGGGCGAGGACUUCUGCCUCCCCAUCGCCAACGUCAUCAAGAACAUGGACAGGAAGACGGUGUGGGAAUAAGCAACCACUUGGCUGUGGGGUGGCUCCCCCCCCGCAGCUACAGCCGUCGUCAGCGUACUGCGCCUGGCGGAGACGUGUACGUUGACUUUAACCGCCUGCGCUGCAUAUUUAGGCACUCGUCUAGAAACGAUCUGUCGAUCGAAAUCGAGGCACAGGCGUCUUUUUUUUAUGAAUAUGGCUGCACGAUGGCCAGAUUUGCAUCGUAUAGAGCGUAAAAUUUGUGGCAGGCAGCGCACUUUUCCUUCCAAGAGAUGAAAUGAAGGCCAUGUAUUUUUUUUUUCGGCCGCGGAGCUCUCCCUGCAGAAUGCAGUUACUCAGUAUUGCUUUGGCAACGGGGUCGCCGGACAAGGGAUGCGUGGGAGUCACUGUUUGCACUCAAGCCUCAGAAACAGAAAUAGAGACGGGGUACCUGGAAGACAACUCUCUAUUUUGUCGUAACUACUUUUUUUACAGGAACAGCAGGGAUUUUGGAUUCUUGUGUUUUCGGCGGUCUUGUAGGUCUUAAGGUAGGGCAAUGGCCCACCCGAAGGGAAGGGAUUGUGCGUGGUGGCCAGAAGAAACGGAUACAUCGUGUUCCGACAGUGUAUCCGCCGGUCUUAGACGGAUGGCGUCGUGGCAUUCUACUCUAGUGCGCAACGUGGGUCCACUCACCUGCAGAGGAGAGCUUGGCUGGACUACGGAUGGACGGCGAAGUUUUUUUCUCCGUAUAGUGUGCGCCAUGCAGCACCAGACGGCACGUCUUGCCACGGUCAAUCCGUUACAGGUGCACUUGACUCUACCUUGGUCUUGCUAUUAGAACAAAAAAGGUGCCCGGAAGGUGCCAUGUGCCUGUUGUGGACACACCCUACAAUAGGAAUGUGUUUCGAGCGUUUAAUUUUUUGUUGUGGGGUUUGUCGUUUUUGAGUGGAUGUACGGCUACAAUAUGAUUCAGCUCCUUCCUUCCGAU